AUGUCGGUCGAAGAUGGAUGCAUGCAAGAAAAUAGGGCCAGGUACCAACAAACCCAGACCCCACAUCCAACUCCUCCUAUGUCUGAGCCACUCUACACUAUGUUUACGGGCCCUGACGCCGACAACAACCAACAACUUCUUCUGGAGGGCAAACUCCCCAUCUCUGCUGGCCUGGCUUACCCUACCCAAGCCUUCCUUCGCCACUGUCGGCUGCACGACAGUUACCGGUCUCGUCCUUUCCCCUUGACGGUUGAAGAGCACGUGGACUUUUGGAGUGGCACCCCUGAGAACAAGGGUUCUGAGCCCCACGGCCUCCAUAAUGGCCACUUCAAGGCAGGCGCCCUCUUGGAACUGUUGGUUUCUUGUGAUACGGCGUUUUGGGACCUUCCACUCCGUUCAGGCCAUGUUCCGGAACUCUGGAAGAACCUGAUGAACUUUGCGAUUGAGAAGAAGCCUGGUGACUUCCGCCCACAAGGGAUGCGGACCAUCCAGCUGUUCAACUCGGAGGCUCAAGCCAACUACAAGAAAGCGGGUCGGGCUGCAAUGAAGAAUGCUGAAGAGGAUGACAUCAUCCCUAAAGGACAGUGUGGGUCACGGAAGCAGCACCAGUCCAUUGAUCUCGCCCUUUCCAAACGAUUGAUCUGGGACUCGCUCAUCCUGGAACGACAGUCUUCCGGCUGGAUCUCGAACGACGCUAAGUCUUGCUUCGAUCGCAUUGUUCACUGGGUAGCGAAGACGGCCUUGCGGAGAUUUGGCCUGCCGGUCACUGUCACCAAUCUAAUGUUUGAUAUCUUGGCAAAGGCUAAACACAGGGUCCGAACCGGCUUUGGCGACUCGGCUCGGACCUUUGGGCCCACUGGCGAUGUUCCCUUCCAGGGCUGCGGUCAAGGCAAUGGCGCAGGCCCAUGCAUCUGGGUUGCAAUCAGUACCAUCCUCAUUGACGCCAUGGAGGCCGAGGGAUUUGGGUACAAGAGCCGAACUGCCCUCACCAACAAGGAGUUCUUCGCUUUGUGCUUCUGCUUUGUUGAUGACACCGAUGUCAUGGAGUCCAAUGACAACGUGGAGACGACUGGCGAAGACCUCCUUCCUUUGGUACAGUCGGCUUUGGACCUUUGGUCGGGUGGCAUCAGUGCCACUGGUGGAGCUAUCAACCCGGCGAAGUCCUUCUGGUGGCUGAUUGAUUUCAAUUGGCGGCCGUCCUCUGGCACGUGGGUGUUUCGAAGGAAGGCUGAAAUGCCUGGCAAACUGACCCUUCAAGACCCUACUGGGCCGUGGGCGACACUACGACGCCUCCAACCAGAUGAAGCUGAACGGACCCUGGGAGUCAUGAUGGCCCCACUUGAGACCGGAACUGCACAACACCUUGCCCUGCGGGAGAAGGCCAAGAACUGGGCAGCCAAGUUCCGUCCCCAACAUCUACUUCCCUAUGACGUUCUUCCCUUGCUCAAGGCAACCGCCUUGAAAACUUUGGAGUACGUGAUGCCCCUUUCCACACUGGGACGCUCCGACUGGGUGUCCAUCAUGUCACCGAUCCUUCAAGCGAGUUUGCACAAAGCUGGGGUUUGCCGUUCCUUUCCCCGCGUCGUGGUCUUUGUCCCUCUGAAGUACCAGGGAUUGGGUAUCCCGCAUCCUUUCGCCCUUCAAGUCUUCCACCAUCUCAGUGUCCUGAUGCGCCAUUCGGCCCACCGUACCAAGACCGGCCAGUACCUGGAGGCCAACCUACAGUCCCACCAACUCGAAACGGGCACCUCCUGUCCCCUUCUUCAACAAGAACCCACCAACACCGGGAUCCUUGCCUCCGAAACCUGGCUCAAACGGGUUUGGAUCGAGCUCGACUCAUUGGGCAUCAGAGUCAAGAUCUCCUCCCCUCCCUUGUCCCUCCACUGUACCAACGAUCGUCUCUUGAUGGACAUCUUCAUCGAUGCCUUGGUCGACCAAGAGGACUUGCUGUGGCUCAUCUGGUGCCGCCAAUAUCUCCAAGUCACCACCCUCUCGGAACUCACCACCGCCGACGGGUGUUCCCUGACGGCAGCUUCUCUUGCCGGCCAACCCUCCGGACACUUUGUGACCAGCUACAAUUGGCCCCGAACUCGACGCCCUGGCCCCUCUCACUGGGACCUAUGGCGACGCGUCCUCUCUCAAGCUGUCCUCCGCCCCUACAGCCGCCGUCGCCGAUUGUUGCAGCCCCUCGGACCGUGGUCUGAUUCGCUAGACCGAUGGACCUGGCUCUUCUCUCGCACCGCUUUGAUCCUCUUCCAUCGGACGGACAAAAACCUGGCAAUCUACCGGCCCAUCAACUCGCGUUCACAUAAGACCUUCCGAAGGGAUCUUCACCACACCUGGACGGGCACCCUUCCCGGGGACGUCCAACGGGCCUCAGUCAACCUUCACCCACGGACAGCCUACGUCACUGUCACGGGCACAGCCCCUGUAGAUCCGCCCGACCAGGAGUCCCUGCCAGCCUCGAUCCUUCACAUCUGGAGGGAAUUGGCAGCCGACAUGGACGACGAUUGGGGAUGGGUUUCGGAACUCACCACCGCCAGCUUCUCUUGCCGGCCAACCCUCCGGACACUUUGUGACCAGCUACAAUUGGCCCCGAACUCGACGCCCUGGCCCCUCUUACUGGGACCUAUGGCGACGCGUCCUCUCUCAAGCUGUCCUCCGCCCCUACAGCCGCCGUCGCCGAUUGUUGCAGCCCCUCGGACCAUCCGCCCGACCAGGAGUCCCUGCCAGCCUCGAUCCUUCACAUCUGGAGGGAAUUGGCAGCCGACAUGGACGACGAUUGGGGAUGGGUUUCGGAACUCACCACCGCCAGCUUCUCUUGCCGGCCAACCCUCCGGACACUUUGUGACCAGCUACAAUUGGCCCCGAACUCGACGCCCUGGCCCCUCUUACUGGGACCUAUGGCGACGCGUCCUCUCUCAAGCUGUCCUCCGCCCCUACAGCCGCCGUCGCCGAUUGUUGCAGCCCCUCGGACCGUGGUCUGAUUCGCUAGACCGCUGGACCUGGCUCUUCUCUCGCACCGCUUUGAUCCUCUUCCAUCGGACGGACAAAAACCUGGCAAUCUACCGGCCCAUCAACCCGCGUUCACAUAAGACCUUCCGAAGGGAUCUUCACCACACCUGGACGGGCACCCUUCCCGGGGACGUCCAACGGGCCUCAGUCAACCUUCACCCACGGACAGCCUACGUCACUGUCACGGGCACAGCCCCUGUAGAUCCGCCCGACCAGGAGUCCCUGCCAGCCUCGAUCCUUCACAUCUGGAGGGAAUUGGCAGCCGACAUGGACGACGAUUGGGGAUGGGUUUCGGAACUCACCACCGCCAGCUUCUCUUGCCGGCCAACCCUCCGGACACUUUGUGACCAGCUACAAUUGGCCCCGAACUCGACGCCCUGGCCCCUCUUACUGGGACCUAUGGCGACGCGUCCUCUCUCAAGCUGUCCUCCGCCCCUACAGCCGCCGUCGCCGAUUGUUGCAGCCCCUCGGACCAUCCGCCCGACCAGGAGUCCCUGCCAGCCUCGAUCCUUCACAUCUGGAGGGAAUUGGCAGCCGACAUGGACGACGAUUGGGGAUGGGUUUCGGAACUCACCACCGCCAGCUUCUCUUGCCGGCCAACCCUCCGGACACUUUGUGACCAGCUACAAUUGGCCCCGAACUCGACGCCCUGGCCCCUCUUACUGGGACCUAUGGCGACGCGUCCUCUCUCAAGCUGUCCUCCGCCCCUACAGCCGCCGUCGCCGAUUGUUGCAGCCCCUCGGACCGUGGUCUGAUUCGCUAGACCGCUGGACCUGGCUCUUCUCUCGCACCGCUUUGAUCCUCUUCCAUCGGACGGACAACAACCUGGCAAUCUACCGACCCAUCAACACGCGUUCACAUAAGACCUUCCGAAGGGAUCUUCACCACACCUGGACGGGCGCCCUUCCCGGGGACGUCCAACGGGCCUCAGUCAACCUUCACCCACGGACAGCCUACGUCACUGUCACGGGCACAGCCCCUGUAGAUCCACCAGACCAGGAGUCCUUGCCAGCCUCGAUCCUUCACAUCUGGAGGGAAUUGGCAGCCGAUAUGGACGACGAUUGGGGAUGGGUCCCGGAAUACAUCUACAUUGAGGGUGACAAACAAGUCCUACUGGAGGCACUGGAGAAGGGAAAGCUACGGGUGAUCAGCGAUGGCUCCUUCAAGCAACAAGUGGGCACAGCCGCAGUCCAGCUAUGA